AUGGGUUCUGCUGCUGCGGUGGCUGUAUUGUGUGGUACUCAAGAGGAUAGGGACUACAUCGUCCAAGAGCUCAACUCUGCUGAGAGAGGGCUCAAGGCUUGGGCUAAGGUGCCAAGCAAAAGCAGUGAGAAGGGCGGUAAACCAGUAGUGUACGUAUCUGCCGAAUCUGAAACGGCCUUACUGCGGUUGGCUGAUGAUGCUCAUAUCCUAUCGAUGAUUUCUAGUAAAGAACUCCCACCCAUAUCUAGUGGGAAGGAGAUGUGGCCACUGCCCAAGGCACAAGGUGCGUUGGUGCCGGUCCGUGAUGCUCCCCGUCCUGUUCAUCUGUCCUGGCUAGAGACCACCACUGCUGUCACCAAUGCGAUUUAUUCGAUAUGCGGCUUCGACUUGGAUGAUGCUGUUGAGGUGCAGAGCCUACCAGAGCCCUUCACUGAGCAUGAAGUCCGGACUGCCCUCUUGCCAGUGCGAGACUAUUUCAACUUCAUCAGCAUCAUCAUAUACUGGCUGGUCCCACCGAGUCUCUUCGCAGUCGUCCUCUGGGCUGUCGGGGAGACUGGAUCUAGUGUCGUGGACUCACCCUACGUGCCUUGGUAUGCCUUCUUCCUCCUGGUCUGGAGUGUGGCUCUGCCGUCUUGGCUUGAAUAUGGUGGAUGGACUACUCGAGCCACCGAUACUAUUGACAGCUGCUUCAACAAGGGUCAGCGCGAGGCCCAGAGAGCGAACCCUCAUUAUCAGGCCUACUCCCACAGGCGGUCUCCCGUCACUGGUGCCACUGAGAAGUAUUGUCCUCUCUGGCGUAGAGCCUUUGGUUUCGCCGUUUCCGCCUUAGUCACUGCCUUCAUGGUCCUCUGUGCCUUCUGUGUUGGUAUGUGUUCUCUUAAUCUCCAAGGCUACAUCCACGGACCUAACUCGACUCUUGCUGAAGGUCUCGAGGCUCAUUUUGUGUGCGCUGACUGUCCCCACAGUUCACCGUUUUACAUACCGCAACUAGCCCACUUCGCUGAGCCUGGUCACAUCUUUGACCCGAAGUCCGACAGCGUGAUUCCGUGGAGCAUGCUGCCGGUCCUCAGUCACACGAUAGUCAUUCAGUUCAUGAAUCUAACAUAUCGCGACAUUGCGGCUUGGUUGACCAAGCUUGAGAACUGGCCACUGAUGGUCCAGUACCAGAAGUCCUUAGUUUUCAAGCGCUUUCUUUUUGAGGCUCUCGAUUGUUAUUCAGUCCUCUUCUAUGUCGGCUUGUACGAAUUGGAUAUCAUGAAAUUGCGCGGCGAACUGGUCUCCCUGUAUUACGUUGAUACAUUCCGGAGAUUCGCUAUAGAAACUCUAAUACCAUUUAUUCACUCAUACCGCACCUUCGGCAGCGCUAAGGUGCCUCCAGCCACUAGCGCCGAUGAGCAGCUCCAUCGUGCUGAGGAGUUGGACGAGCAUGAGGUCUUUGACGACUACCUAGAGGUCGUCAUCACGUUCGGCUACGUCACCGUAUUCGGGGCCACAUCGAUGCCUCUGUGUUCUCUGGUCAGCCUUAUCGCUAUGGUCAUCGAGAGAUAUUCGGACGAGUUGAAACUCGGCUUGACUCGUCACUGUGGGCCUAUGUAUAGACCCUCCCAUCCCUUGGACCCGAGCCUGCACAGAUUAUGGUGCCAAAUUGUGGAAUUCAUGUGCUGGGCAGCAGUGUUCACGAAUUGCAUCUUGUUUGGUUUUGCCAGUGAUCAGAUGCCUGAGGUGUUUCCACAGUUCUUUCGAGGUGACACCGUCCUGGCCGGGUACGGUCGGUUCGUCGUUGCUUCGGUGUUCGGUGUGGAGCAUUUGAUAUUGACAGUGCAGUUGGUGUUGGUGUCCACCUUACCGAAAAUGCCCAUUUGGGUUAAACACGACCUUGAGAGGGAAGAUCUCCGUUCUAAGGGAACAGCGUUCCCAGGCCACUCGGAACAUCCUGCUCCGUUCCAAGACCAAGAUCACGCUCUUGACCAUGACGUGGACCCUGGGGAUUCAGGUCGCCACAGUGUACCCAGCUCGCACCUCAAAGCCUUGGUUUCAGGAGCUCCUCAAACAGGCGAAGCGGUGCACAGUCGUCCACUCCUACAGGAAGGAGGAGCCGACAACGGUGGUGAAGUAGAUAGUCAUCCACAUGGUGAGGGAGACGGUGAGCAUAGAAUCGAAGCAGGGGAACACAAGCCUGUUGACGGUGUGGGCGCGAAGGCUCAUGACCAUAAGCAUGAAAAUGAGGAUGAUGAUGGAGACUACGAUGACGGGGACUAUGAUGACUACGACGAGGAUGGUCCUGACUAUGACGAUAUGGACCACAUGCUCAGCCCAGCUGCUGUGCAGCAGAGCUCCUUCGCCAUUGACUCAGGAAGCACAGACUCAAUCGGCAAGGCAGGACGGAUGUGCGCUACGGGCGACCUCGGGCACACCAUGAUGGAAGGCUUGGUAGCAUUCGGCGUGGGUAUCGGGGUCUUUGCUACUGCAUGCGGAGGGAUUGCUCUUUACAUCAAGUCUAAGGUGGAGGAGGAACAACAUAGGCAUUUCUUGGCGAGUUCAGGCCGGGCUAUGGCUCGCAUGAGCGCAGUCUACGAUGGGCAACGAGGCGAUGGCGGGUACUCUUCGAAGCAGGAGAGUAAGAAUACCCGCGGGAUAACUAGCGAGCGUUACCAAAACAACGGGAGGCUCAGCCACGAUCCAACUGAUGACGAUAAGGAGUCGGAAGGACCCGUUGUAGGCGACGAUCAAGCCAGGAGUUCCUCCCUGAUGGUUUUGAAUACAUUGAUAGGGCUAUUAAAAGCGGAUCAAGCUAUAAGCAUCCUCACUUCCCACGGCGCGCAUGCGAGUGUUGUCGCAAUUGGGAAGGUACACGACGCUCGAGCAGUUCUUCGUUACGUUCUUUACAUUCGAUAUCUCACUAAGAUUGCUGUAUACAUUCUGAUAGCGUCGAUACUGUUCAUAUUCUCCAUCUUCGCUGUGGAGAUCAUCGGCCGUAUGGAAGUCUUCAACGGCGACGUGAUGGUGCAAGACCACUUCGGGAGCGUCUCUCGUGCCAUGCUCACCUUAUUCCAAGUCAUGACCCUCGACUCCUGGGCAGCAAUAGCAAGACCGAUGCAGGCCAAGGCGCCCGUAACUGUGACUGUUUUCUUCGUGGCUGUCAUAUUGUGUGUGGUGAUGGUUUUGAUGAACCUGAUAACGGCUGUGAUUGUCGAAAACGCUUUCUCUAUCGCAAAAGCUGAUGCUGAGGAGCAAGCUAAGAUACGUGAGCGGGAGAAGCAGAACGAUAUGAACAGCCUCGCUCAGUUGUUCAAUGACUUAGACGCUGACGGCAGUGGAGAACUCUCAUUCGAUGAGUUCCAAGAGGCAGUACUGUACAACACGACUGUCCAGAAUAAGCUUAAAGUCCUGGACCUCGAGCCGAGUGAAAUGGAGGAGCUGUGGACAAUCCUCGAUGUCAGUGGUGAUGGAAGCCUCUCUGUCGAGGAAUUUUCCAAUGGCCUCAGACGUGUGAAAUCAGCUAUACAGAGCAAAGACCUCAUGGAGAACGUCAAACGAGUUUCGGUUUUGAUGAAGAAAAUCAAAACUGCACGUGGCAAGCUGGGCCUUGUUCAGACCAAAAUAGCAGACCUGGGGAAGCGUGUAUCGGGUACCCACGCAGUAGUCGGUAGAGUGAUCAACAAGGUCAAUCGCUGCACUGAGAUUAUCGAGGCUUGCCCACGGUGGAACGAGCUGCUCCCCUUGAGGGUCAAGCGCUCCUCAGAGGAGAGUGCCGAAGAUGCUGAAAGCUCUAUUCCAGAUCCCGGGACUCAAGACUAAUGAGAUAGAUGCGUUAACGCUACUGUUCGGCAACAGUUCAGCCUCGUGACAAAUUUCA